UCGUUUCUUACAUGGGUGCAUGCAUUUGAAAUUUUUUUCCAAUUAUUCAGAAAAAAAAUCUCGCAUUUAGUUUAACAUUUUCAAAUUUAUUCUAAAUUAUUAAAAAAUUAUUUAAGGUUGUCCUUAAUGCUUCACAGAAGCAUGUCCGUGAUGCUACCUGGCGUGUAUCACAUCAACCGAUCAACGUGACUCCUUGUGAACACCGUCCCUCUUUGAUGGUGGCAUUUUUUUUUUCCAUUUAAGUUAAACAAAAUCCAGACUAAAAGCAAAUUGAGCAAAUGACUUCCAAUUGACACUCAAUGCUUGCUAUGCCAAAAUGUUGUGGAAGAUAGACAUCAUCUUUUUUGCACUUGGUCCUAUACUAACUAGCUUUAUAUGAGAGUCUAUGUUUGGAGUCAAUACCAUUUUGGUGGAGGCAAAUUGUUGAGCAACUUCAAGGCUACAAUCCGAUCACCGGAGCCGCCGGAAUCCGAAUCAAAGAGUUGGGUUGUAGGAAGUGGACGAAAAGGGAACGGUAAAAAUUCAAACCAUAUCCCCACCUAACCCUUCACGAUGAAUCUUUUACGAUCGCAGUGCCACCAAAAUUUCCGCUCGCCUUUACGACUAAGAUUUACCGCGAUUUUUCCAUCUCCUAACUACCUUCUGCAACUACUCGCUCAUGUAUUAUGAGCGCAUUUAAGGCCUCCUUCUUCAUCCGAGAGCUCUACUGCCCCAACCCUUUUUAUACCCGAUUCAUUUCUCGUAAAGGCCCGAGCUUUGCAUUUUCCCUGUCUCGAUUAUACUCUUCUUCUGUUCAAAGGUAUACCUCAAAUAUGGAUCUGGUUAAAGAAGUAGCCAGCAAAGGAACUGAUUCUGCAGGGAGAAUUGCAAUCAGUGCUGAUCAGAAGUCAUGCAGUUACCUCCAACUGAUCUCAUGUGCUAAGAGGAUUUGCAGUCUGUUAACAAAUCUCGAUCUGAAAACCGAGGAUAAAGUUAGGCAGACUAGUGAUCUUGGCGGAGCAAGAAUUGGAAUCAUAGCCAAACCAUGUGCUGAGUUUGUUGCGGCAAUACUUGGUACUUGGCUCAGCGGAGGUGUUGCAGUCCCUCUUGCUCUGAGCUACCCAGAAGCUGAGCUGCUGCAUGUGAUGAAUGAUUCGGACAUCUCUAUGAUCUUGAGUACCGAAGAUCAUCAUGAACUUUUGAAAAGUAUUGCAGUUAAAACUGGGGCUCAGUUGUCUCUCCUUCCUACCAUUCCAAGCGUGCAUUCACUGCCCCCAUCUGAUCAUAACCAAUUGCCAAAAUCGGAAAAUUGUGAUGAUGGAGGUUUAUUAAAAAUAGAGUUCUCCCACAACAUUAAAGGUGAGGGCCCCGCAUUGAUAUUAUACACCAGUGGUACAACAGGGAGGCCUAAAGGAGUUGUGCACACACACAAAAGCAUCCUAGCACAGGUACAAAUGUUAACAGAUGCAUGGGAAUAUACAUCUGAUGACCACUUCUUGCAUUGUCUACCCCUACAUCAUAUCCACAAGCACCACAAUUGUUUAUCUCUUAGUCAAACCUCUGUUUCAUUUAUGCCAUAUUGCCAUUCAUUCAUGUUUAUAAGCAAGCUUCAUGGAGCUGAUCCUUAACUUCUAACUUUACACGUUCAUGGGCUUUUCAAUGCUUUAUUGGCCCCUCUCUAUGCUGGAUCUAAGGUUGAAUUUCUUCCGAAAUUCAGUGUGAGGGGAGUAUGGCAGAGAUGGCGCGAAUCAUAUCCAAGUGAUGGGACUAAAUCUCAUGAUGCCAUUACAGUUUUCACUGGUGUUCCUACCAUAUAUACACGAUUAAUACAAGGUUAUGAAGCAAUGGACCCAGAAUUACAAUCUACUUCUGCUUCAGCUGCAAGUCACUUGCGUCUUAUGAUGUGUGGCUCAUCUGCACUUCCACUUCCCAUAAUGCAACAGUGGGAAACAAUCACUGGCCACCGCCUCUUAGAACGAUAUGGCAUGACUGAAUUUGUCAUGGCAAUCUCUAAUCCUUUAAAAGGUAACCGCAAAGGCGGCACCGUUGGCAAGCCAUUUCCUGGUGUGCAGGUCAAGAUCCUUUCAGAAGAUGGUGGUGCUGACGAUACAACUGGGGUUGGGGAGCUAUGUGUAAAAAGCCCUUCACAGUUUAAAGAAUAUUGGAAGCAUCCUGAGGUAACGAAAGAGUCAUUUACUAGUGAUGGAUUUUUCAAGACUGGAGAUGCUGUUAGAGUGGAUGAAGAUGGAUACAUCAUCAUCUUGGGCCGUACAAAUGCAGAUAUAAUGAAGGUUGGUGGAUAUAAGCUAUCUGCACUGGAGAUAGAAGCCGUUCUUUUGGAGCAUCCAGGGGUAUCAGAGUGCUGUGUGUUGGGCUUACCUGAUAAAGACUAUGGGGAAGCUGUGUGUGCAAUAGUUGUGCCAGAUGAGGCAGAGCUUAGGGGGAAGGGUGCGUUAGAAUCAAAAUCUGCUCUCACCUUGCAACAACUUUCUGAUUGGGCCAAGGACAAACUUGCCCCUUACAAGAUACCGACCGCUCUCUACUUGUGGGAGUCACUGCCUCGCAAUGCAAUGGGAAAGGUGAACAAGAAAGAGCUGAAGAAAAUUUUGAUGGAUGAGGUAAAAGAAGUGGCGACUUGAUUAAAAAAACAGGCAGAGAUUGAGAAAUGCCAACAGUCAACAAUGGUAAAUAGAGCUCUUGGAAGAGUCCCAUUACACAUUCUUAUUUCUGAGCAGCAUACAUUAUAUUAUGCACUACUGGCAACCCAUUAUUCAAAAUUAAAGACCCAAAUUUACUCAUUUCUCCCUCUUUUUUUUUUGUUUAUAGUUUCUUGAAAAUCCCCAACAGAAAACAAGUGAGUCUAUCAUAGUUUCCUACUAGCAGUCAACGAGUGCCGCCAAUAUAUACUCCAUUUGUUGUAAACGCAUAUUUUUUAGUUUUCACUUUAUUAUGGGAUGGAAUGUGCUUUAGCUAGUAUUUU